AUGUCUAGGUAUAGGCCAAUAGCGCCGAAGCCUGAGGCUGGAAAAGAAAAUUCAGGAGGGAGUGAAAGUCCCGGCGUGCCUCGGAGUAUGAGAAGGACUCCUUAUCUGAGGAAUGUUUGGAAUCACUUGCAGGCGAGGCCCACGAGGACAAGGAAGAGAGGGAGGAGUUCUUUUGCACGACCAGAACAGUCGAUGAAAAGGGCCAGGACUUGUCUUAAUGCACUGUCGACACCGUAUCAGGUAACGAGUUCGCCGGCCAAGAAUUUAGCCAUUCUUGGAUUUGCUCAUAAUCCAAAUGGUAUGGCUCAAAUUCCUCUUGUACCAAAUCUUGUUCCGCUUAAAUGUGGACUGGAUUCAAUUGUGACCACCCCCGCUGAGUCCGUCGCUCUUCCUGUCCUCCGGUGCACCACCGCCCAAAAUCCCCAAGGGAAGAAACCCGAAAUAGAUUUGAACCUGGCUGUGGAAGAGUCUGAGGAGUUGGAUUUCAUGCCACAAUUGAAAGAACCCGUCAAUCCUGUCGUUAUAACACCACGAGUGGUUCGCCCCAUCGGCUCCAUCAUAAGUGUCAAAAGCAUCAGGGAGAAUUCAGGGCAACGAGCCACCGAUACAGGCAAGCAAGUGUUGAAGAAUCCAGUGGAGGUGGAGGAGGAGAUGGAGGCCGAGAAGAUGCCGGCCGUAGUAUCUGAUUCGAACAACAAAGUCAGGCUAACAAAUUCUGCUUACAAAGAAAUGGUGGGUCAGCCCGAAUGCUGCUGGCUCGAUUUCGUGCCUUCCCGGAACGGCGGUGGUGGUGCAUGCAAGAGAAUCGGUGGAGAGGUUGCGCUAAGACUCGAGGAUUCGAGUUUGUCUCUGUCGUUGAAUGGUUUCAAUUGCUGGGUGAAAAUUGAGUGGGCAAGCAAUGGAAAGAGGAGUUGUGUGCAUGCUUUUUGUGAAGCUAUGAAAUUGGGAUGUGAAGCAAAGGAUUACCAGUUCUUAUGGAGGUUCCAUAAGAGUGAAGCCUCAAAAUCUGGCUCCAAUAUUUGA